UGUAAAGUUUGAAACUGAGAUCCAGGUGAAAGCUCCGCCACAAUUUCCCGCGAAAAAGCAAUGCGGUGAACGAAGAAAUGCUGUGUCAAAGGGAUCAGCUGCACCGGAUUCACACUUUUCUUUUGUCUUGUUCCAUCUCUCUCUUUUACCAUGCUCUCCCGAAACGUUUUCCUCCUUGUGUGUCUUCUGUGCUUGGCCGGCAUCAGUCAAGCUUCCUCUGGGCUGCGAGCCACUGAGGAGCAAUCGGAGCGACACCUUCAAUUCGAUUCUCUCUUUCCUACCGAUCUCUGCAAGAAUGGACCUGGAGACGAUGACAUUGGCCCUUGCGAUACGACCAAAUUCGUAAUUUGUGGACCGGGAGAAGUUAGAUGCUACAACCGCAAGGUUUGGAGAGACAAGUUUCAUACAGACAUCAAGCAGCCCAUGUUCUACAUUGAUUAUGAUCUAGUCUUGUGCUACCCUCAAUUCUCUGGAGCCUGUUCCUCUUGUUCACCUGGACGCUUCUGCCAAGCAGAAAGUAGGUGCAUUUUGGAUGAGUUGAACUAUGAUUGUCCAAUGUGGUUGUAGAGAAGACAUCAUGGCAGUGCCUUUGAGUUAAAAGGUUUUGUUGCCACCACAAUUGGCAGCUGUUGUAUUGGGAUGAGACAUUCUAAUUGAGUUCGAACUAGCUUGAUAAAGAUCCUAGUAAUGAAAAUUUCAUGUU